AUGGCGGGUCAAGCUUGGGGCGCUCUGCUUGAUGUUAUCUGUAAUGUGCGGUUCAUUCUGAAUACAGUGAGGCUCGCUGCUGUGCUCGAAGCGCGACUGAACAAGAUUGCAUAUGCCCUAUCUGGUAGGAAGCUUGGAAUGGGACGCGAAUUUGACUGUCCUCCUUUAGAGGCUCUUACUCUCGGUCCUCAGCUUGGACAUCCUGGCCAACAAGGCCUCAACGGUCUCUGGGCCACAGUGUUAAUGGCUUUUGACUCACCGAACUCCUCUACGGAUAGGCGAGACUUGCAGAGCCUCGCGGAAUUACUGAGACUUCGAAAUCAGGUCCACUCAGAGCACCCAGAGGCCGAAGAGACCGACAGCAAUGUCACCGACAACACCUGCAUCGAAAUACUCUUGAACAUGACCUACUACAUCGAUUCGUCCGGCGGCGUCACCCCAAAAGAAGAGGAUAUAGAUACUCAAUUCCGCUUGACUUUUGCCCCAAACCGGUUUCAAUACUUGCCCCAAUCCGACUUUCGCGCAAGAAGAUCUGAACAUGCUAUAGUUCUAUCUACCGAGCUGUCUCUUUAG